AUGCCGCGCGAAGCAGAUCCGUCGAAUAACGAGCGGGAGUUUCUUCUCUCAGCACUUCGCGAGAACAUUCGCCUCGACGGCCGCGCCUUCGACCAAUUCCGCAAUAUCGAUCUCGCGUUUGGCGAAGAGUACGGCACUGCAGAUGUGCGCAUUGGCAAGACAAGAGUGCUGGCAAAGAUCUCGGCGACUGUGGUGCAGCCAUACGAGGACAGGAAAUUCGAUGGCGUCUUCACAAUAUCCACAGAGUUGAGCCCAAUCGCAAGCCCGGCAUUCGAAGUAGGACGACAAGACCAGACAGAAGUGCUUCUCUCUCGCAUCCUCGAAAAGACCAUUCGCAGAUCAGGUGCACUUGACACGGAAUCUCUCUGUAUAGUCGCUGGCCAGAAAUGCUGGCAUGUUCGCGCGGACAUUCACAUCCUAGACCACGAUGGCAAUCUCGUCGACGCUGCAUGCGCAGCCCUUGUCGCCGCUAUCAUGCACUUCAGAAGGCCAGAUGUAGAGGUACAUGGUGAAGAUGUCACGGUGUUCGGGCUUAGGGAACGAGAGCCGGUGAAGUUACAAAUGCAGCACCAACCCUUCUGCGUCACCUUCUCCUACUACGAUGCUGGCGAGAUUAUGCUUCAGGACGCGACAUUACUUGAAGAGCAGUGCAGAGAAGGCGAAGUUGUGGUGAGCAUCAAUAGGUUUGGGGAGGUGUGCCAGAUUGCGAAAUAUGGAGGAACACCGGUGGAUGGGCUUUCGGUGCUCACGUGCACGAAUCAAGCCCUGGAGAAGGCGAAGAUGCUAGAUAAGUUGGUGAAGCAGAAGCUGGAGGAGGAUGAGAAGAGGAGGACACCUGUUGGCCUUGUGGCGGAGCUAAGAGCCGAGAAUGAGAGACCAGCAGGUGAUAGAGGCUCCGAAGUGAUACCUGGCUGAAAGAGAUAGCACAAUAGUAGUUUUCCACAACCAGUGAGGAUGGAAGUGAGGCUUCGGCCACCGAAGAGAGCGACGCAAGCAGAGCUGGACGCGCGUAUAUAUUGAGAGGAGGUCCUUCUGGUCCUGGAGGCUGGAGAGGCAUAUUGACGUUCGAAUAGAUGGCCGAUGGGCAGAAUAUCGAACGACCCAAGUAUGCGCGGCGCAUUGCAAAACGUAGUCUCAUGACUGCAGAACGACCAUUAGGCCUACAAUGCGCUGCUUGCACAAU